AAUGGGUGAACCAUGUUUGUAUUUGUUUUAAAGAAAUGUUUCUGGAAGAUAAGCUGAGAAACUGCCUUUGCUUUUUCUUAUAAAUAACCUGGUAAUUGUGGUAGAUUUGUAAUAUUUGCAGUACUAUAGGGAAGUCACUUUCUCAGCAUAUACAACAGCUGUUGUUUUUUUGGAUCUUGCCUUGUAAUAAUGUGCCUAAAGCAUGUGCAUGUGAGAUUUUGCAUGUUGUGGUGUUAGUGUGCAUUAACUCUGAAAUCAUGUUUACCAAAUAAUCUCCAGUCUGCUAUGGCAUCAUUUUAAACCAUAUUUUGCCCAGAUAUGUAGAUAAUCUGAUGAUGUAAAUAUAUUCAGCACAGAAUUGGUUGUAGUGAUGAGCAGUUAUGAAUUAUAAUUCCCAGUAACUAAAUGGAAUUUAUCAAGGGAUACUGGUCCCUAUAAUAAUGUCUAAUAACCCUAGUUGAAAAUAUAGUUUUAUAGCAUUUUGAAAAUGUUUACAUGUGCUAAAUAAGAAAGGACAUUACUCUAGUGGGGAGUUUUUAAAACAAGAACAUCCAUUUGCUUAAUAAAGCUUAACAUGCAUUCAGCUGAAUCAUGUUGACUUGGUCUACAGUAGGAUGCGACUGACAGUACAUUCUAGCUCUUUGUAAAACUAUAAGUAAACACACCUGUCACCUGCUGAUAACCGGCUGUCAGGUACGGCUGAAUGUCUGACGUGUCUGAUACAAGAAGCACUCCAUCUGUGGCAUGCAUGUUAUAAUAGACGCAUCUGCUUAGCUUUAUUAUUAACUGCUGCUAUGUGAUCUCGAUCAAAGACCAAAUGGGAAACUGCUGCUUUUUUUUUUUUAAAGUUACAUGUUUAAUAUUCGUUAAGAAAGGAGCAAGCGUUUUUUUUUCUUUGCUAAAACUGGUUCAGAUGUUUUGGCUCCAUCUAUUACUAUCACAUUCUUUUGCAUGUGUUUUUGUUUUUGUGUCAUUUGGCUAGACAUUGUCUUGUCCUGUGCUGUUAUGCAGUGUUAACUUUGGGGCUGCUGUGACCAUCCCAAAAUAAUUUUACAUAAUAACAGUAUUGCUUUCAUACUCUUGAAGUGCAGAAAGAUAUAGUUAUUGGUGAUGGGGCAUGACAGCUCUAAGUUUUUACAUGGGUAUUCAGUGGUGUGAUGCAAGGUGCCCUCACACUGCAAAUUAUGUCUAAAUAUUUGAAUGCAGCAAUGUCUGUCUAUUUUUCUCCCUAUUUUCCAAAAUUUCAUGUCAAUGUUUUCAAAAUCUGUCAAGGCCAGUGGUUGUCAAUCAAGUCCUUUAAAAGCACGUGUCAUUCCAUAUAUUUGUACAUGUUCAUUGAGGCUCAUUUGACCAUGAUUCUUGUAUAACAACGGAACUCCUAGUGGAAUGGGCUAAUUAUGUGGAAUGACUGCUUAGGCUUGGUUCAUAAUCCACACUACAAAUUCAGAGUAGGUAGGAUAAGUGCUUCUGUUAAAUAGGAAAUUGAUUUUGCUACAUUUUAGUCUAGAGGUAAAGCUAGUCAAAUUGGAAGCUUUUGGUUUAAAUUUUCCCAAAUAAACCUGCUUUUCUGAGAUCCUCAGCAACUGCCAGUUGCUAAAGGUCACACUGCUUCAACUCAUCUCAGCCAUAGUAAAGCAGCUACCAUUGCACCACUAAAUCCAUGUAAGGUUUGAAACGUUUGGUGUGAAGAAGCAUGUCUGAGAAGCCUUGGAUCUACAGACUGAAGGACAACCCAUCCUUCUUUUUUUGUUCCUCUCUGUCUCCUCCUCUGACCCUGCUUUAGUUUUCUACCAAUGGCUAUCUCGAAGCACAAGACUGGCAUUACUCUCAUGCACACAAUGCUAUACUGGGUCCAUUUGGUGAACUGAUGACUGAGGAUGACCUCAUUCGCAUUGAGAGACAGAUUGAGAACCUCCAAGUUAUGCACAAAGUGACAGAGGUAGAAAAUGAGUUGGAGCAGCUAGAGAAAGAAUUACAUCAGCUUCUCCCUGUGUCUGCUGCUCUGACUCAGGACCACUUCUCUGUCAACCCUAAACAGGUUCAUGGCCAAGCAGAGGACCUUCCUGCUUGGUGUAGCAAAAUUUCCACACUUCUUAAAAGCAUGGCCAUCCUCCUUGCUACAUUAGGUGGUAAGGAAAUUGACAUUCUGGAAAUGAUUAAUCAAGGAUAUACAUAUGAAGGUUUAACAGGUGGGAAGGCAGAGACAACGUCCGUUACCUCAGGCAAUAUUGGUCGAUCACAGUCUUUCUCAACCCGAGAGGAGGUGGAGAAGGAACUCAAGCAGUGUGGUGUGUCAGUGAAAAAUUUGAAGGCCAAUUAUGAGAUGAUCCAGAGCCAGUCCAAGUAUGAAGAGGACAAGAUAAACCGAGUAUACCAACGGAAGAGAUCCUUGCCAGUGGUGAGUCAGUGCAGAUAUUCCCCUGAGCCUAUCAUGGAAGAUGAACUACUCUUUACAGCUUGUGAUAUAAACUCUCAAGUCACUAAUGGUCUACAACAAGAGCAGGAUCCAAGAUUGCCAUUAGUAGAUGAGCCAGUUAUAACACCAUCAUAUGCACCUUUGGUAUACAGUGAACCCAAUGGCGUACCUCAGUCAGGCACGGAUUACAUGGCGCAUCCUCUAUCCAGUGACCCGGUACUAAAUGGGAACCAUUUCACUCGCAGCCUCGAGGUGCAGACCGACCUGAGCUAUGUUCAGGAGUCUAUCGAGAUGCGCAAGGAGAGGAUUGUGUUCUUGUUUCUGGAGCACUGGAGAAAGUACACUAUGACAGAAUCUUACAGACCCAAGUACACAGAGAGAAGAAUGAGUCAAUCAGUGGGGAUGGAUGGCUCCAAGGCUAACAAUAACCAGUUUGAAUUGGAUGGGAUUGCGGAUGACCAGCUCCUGCACUUCAUGAAACAGAGACAGGUAGUAGGGAACCUGCUUGGCCACUGGAGGGCCAUUAUGAGCCAGGUACCCUCGCGUCAGAUCCGUCGGCUCAGUCGUGCACAAAUGAUCUACUGGCCCGAGCAUUUUCUCCCUCAUCUAAAUGGGGCUCCAGUUCGUUAUGAGAACCUGACCCUUGAUCUUUUCAUGCUAGGCUACUUCCAACUGCUUGAGAUGAACAUGUCUCGCAGUGAACGGAAGUUCAGACACUUGCUGUGCUAUGAGAUGUUUGAUCGAAUUGGCAGCCAUCCUUGGGAAGUGAUCCGUGAAUUCCACCGUGAAGUGAUGGAAAGCAUUGAGAGAGGGAUUUGUGAUUGGUCAGAUGGCUUUGAGGACAUUAAGCUGAAAUAUUUUGGCAACACUACAGAGGGGGGAGGGCUGUUGGGGACCACUCAGAUUGAUUCACCAAAAAGAAUUCAGGAGAUCCUAGACACACAAAAUAUAUGCGAGACACCUGAACAAGAGUCUCUUGGAAAGUCUGAGCAAAAUUCAACAAAAGCACCUGCAUCUGACAAAACACAAGCUUUCACUCAGGAGUCCAUACAGGACACAGCAGUCAAUAUUUCAAAAAAUGAAGCAAACCAUACAGAGCAAAUUAAUGAGUCUACUACACCGGACAGUGAUCAAAAUGCAGAUAUACUUAAUGCAGAACAGCCAGAGAUCCAGACAACCAUCCAAGUGACUGUUGAAAAACCUCUGCCUGAACCCUUCAACAUUCAUGCUGAGAAGCAGAUUCCAGCAAAAGAUAAUGAAGAGCUGAACGAGGACUCAUUAAAGCUUAUUUAUGAUCUUAAAGAGUUUAGCAAUGAGGAUAUAAUCAGAUACAUUGAGCGAAGCUUUGCCUUCUGGAAGGAAAAGGAAGCAGAAUUGUUUGAUAUCUGAAAUAUUAUUUGAUUAAAAUGAGAGAUUUUUAAGUCUUCAGAUAAAGCAUGUAAUGGGACAAAAGGUCUGAACAGUCAUGUAAGAGAUUUGUUUAGAGAAAAAGAAUCUGAGCAUUUCUUGACUGAAAAAUGAUCGAAUGCAGGUUACCUCUGAACACUGCAAACAUAGCAUAGACCUAACUAUAAUGUAGGGUUAACUGAUGGAAGUCAGACAUUUUUAAUUGGGAUUCCAAUUUUAAUCUGAUGUUCAUAUACAGUAGAAGGGCUAUGUUAAAUGUGGUGUUGGGAAAAAUGUUUGGAGCAAGUAUAGAAGGUCCUCAGUCAAUGACCCGAGUGGAUUUUAUGGAAUAUAAUGAUAUAUAGAAAUAAGAAUAGGGUUUUGUGACUCUUGGUCAAAUUGUAGUUUUGGAUGGUGGUGGGUAUUGGGCCAAACAGGAAAAUGUUGCUGGAUAUGCAGGUCAAGCCACAAAUGACCAAAUGACCACUUUUUUUUAAAAUUCCUAUAUAACCCAGGCCCCUAAUAGCUGGUAUAGAGAGUAAUUAUUAUUUUACAAUCAGAUAAACAUAACAUUUUGCUAAAUCUAGAUGAAAAUUCAUUCAAACUAAUAAAUUAAGAGACAAAACAGGCCAAGUUCAGGCUAUAAAGUAGGCUUGAUAUAUAAUCGUUUGGUGUAAUUUGCAUUCAUAAAAGACUUUUGAAUUUGGCUAUUCUUAAUUUUGAAAUUUAAUUCUUCUAUAAACAUAUGUUUCUGAGGUAAAUUUAAUUAUUUGGAUUCUUAUAAAUAUCAUUGUUUUUUAUUUCAUAAUAUAGGUUUUAGCCACUGUGGUACUGAUGACACCAAAAGCUUAAAUCUCUGCUAUAGACAUACAGCUUUAAUAGGGGUUAUGACAUGAAAUGAUACCAUAUAGUGAAAUCCAUUGUUCUUGUUUCACGGUUAUGAACUGGUAUCCCAUUCAGGGUGUAUUCUCAUGGUGUAUGCUCUGGAUUUACAGCUAUACACAGAUGUGACAUUGACAAAUCAACGCAUAAUUAUUUAUUAGCUUCUUGUUUAAGUGAUUAAAGUCUGUGUAUUUAGGAUUGUUUAAGGGCCCACUCAUUAUUAAAUUACAUAAUUACUAUUUUCAUAUGAAGAUUAACAGUAUUUCAUCAUUUUUUACAGUUCAAAUAUUACAUCUCCUUUUAUUUAAUUUGUUCUCUAAUGAAAUUGUUUUUGCGAAGUGGGUGAACAUUCAAUGUUAUAAACUCAAGCUACAAUGAUUUAUACCAUUCAAGUGUUUAUUGAUGGCAAUUUUGGACGUUAAUUUGAUUUAUCCAAGUUUGAAGUGUUUUUGGUUUGUUUGUUUUUUGGUUCCACAACAAUAAAAUAUGUAGGGUGUAUAUGUAAAUGUGUACUUAUUGUCUCUUUUUUCUGUAAAUGAAUUUUUCUACCAUUCAUUACAUGUAGUUCUUAAAGCUCCUAUACAUACUUCGAGGAGAAUUAUGUACUCAAACACUUGUAUUUUUAUUUAAUCUGCUACCUGUGCAUUUCUCUCUUUUUUCCUUUUGACUUAAAUGUACAUAUGAUUUAAGAACGCCAUACUGUACCUACACUGAAGCAGGGUGAUGGAAGCAUUGAAAUAUGGGGCUGCUUCUCUGCAAUAGUACCGUGGCAUUAAGUGUCAUUAAAGGAAACAUGUACUGUGGCAUAUUAGAAGACCUCAGUAGAGAUAAAAAGGAAUCUGAGAAGAUAGAACUUUCAACAAGACAACAAUCCCAAAUGUACAGACCCAAGAGGGACUUUGUAUAGCAAAUCUGGGCAUUUAAUCCCAUUAAAAAUUUGAAAUUGUAGUCUCUCCGACAGUCAGUCAGAACCUUGGAUAAUAGAAGACAGUUUGCUAAGAGUUUAAAGGCCAUAAUUGACUAAAUGUAAUUUAAACAAAAUUUGGGCCAUAACUAAACUUACUUCAAACUACUUACUUCUUUAGACACCUAAAAUUUGUAUUUGCCAACAAUAGCUUUGCAACUAUUGUCUGUCAUUUCCAGUGUCUGAUUUUUUUUCAGACCAAUUUCUGUAUUAAAGUUUAUAUUACAAAGUACAAUGCCAAAAUAUAGUAUGUGUAUAUAUAAAGUAAAUGUAUGCACUGGAUGCAUAAUAAAUACACAAAAAUUUUGAAAAUGUAAAAUAUACAAAAAUUUUCCACUCUGUGUUGCUUUUACUUUUGAUUAGCCAGCGAUGUCAAUCUGGCUAGAAGCUCUUCACUGGUUCUUUAAAUGUUUAUCGGAUAAUUAAGAGUUCUUACUUCCACCAGUUUAAUUAGUUGAUUUUUGUUUUAUUAUUAUCCUACUUGUCACCCAAUGCACAUUAUGUUUGGAUUUCUUAUGUGUUAAUGAUCUGAGUAAUAAUACAAAGAUCAUAUCCAAAGCUUCAAUGUUGAAAACUCAACUAAUUUACUAAAACCUAUCCACUUAUGAAACUUUACAUGUUUAAAGUGUUAAUCUAUUUGUGCCUUUUUGGUGUUUUUUUUUUCUUAAUUAUAAUUCCCAGGGGAGUAUUUAAAUAUUAAGGUGUAGAUUAGUUUACGUAGACCCUGGAACCCUUGCCAGUGAAAUUGCUUCAUUGAAGCAGAUUUAGUGUAAUUGAUCCACUUUAAAGGGAAGAUGAGAAGCUCAAAAUGGCCACCUCCUGCUCUGGCUUCUUGUUACAAUUUGUAAGGCUGCAGAAUAAGGUUUCAUUCCAUGUGAAGACAGAACUGUAGACGUGAACUGUAGACUGUACACCUUGGUUUCAGGUCUUCCUACUCGAAUUUUCCCUCAAUCUUGAGACAUGAGAAUACACAAUGUACAAAUUUGUUGUACAUUAAAAAUAAACAUGCCAACUUUAUAUGCACGGUGCAUUUCAUACACACAGGUAAUUAUUGAGUGUUUUUAAUAAGCAAAAACAAUAAAUGAUAUAGUAUAAUAUAUUUAUAUUGUAUUCAGAUUAUAUACAAGUGCAAAAUGUGAUUAGAAUUUUAAAAAAAAGGUAAGCUGUAAAAAAGUGCAAUGCAGAAAAUAAAGUGCAGCCAAAGAAGUAGAAAUAUUUUAACCUGCAUUUUAAAAUGUUCUUUAGAUUGUUUUUACAGAUAUGCAGCACGAAAGCUCAUUUUUACACAACAUUAUACAUGUUCAUGGAUUUUACAGACCUGCUGGGUUUACACUGGCUCGCAAAAUAUUUGAAGAAUGUUUAUAUAUUUUUAAAAAAAUGUUAUUAAUGAUCUUGUUUUAAAUACUAAAAUAAAUUUUCAGAUCAAGCUAGAUCCAUUCUAGAAAAAGCAAUAUCUUUGUCCUGUUAAUGCAUUACAGUUAAUACUGGAUUAUUUCUUUGUUCUUAAAUCACCUAUGAAUUGUAGAAGUGUAAAUAAAUUAAAAUGAUGUUUCAGUCAUCUCACUGACCU